UGGGGUUUCAAUUUUCAAUUCCACGGCAACCGAAAGAAAAGAAAUUCACGACCUCCUCCAUCUCCCGUAUCCUCUGCGUGGACUUUCUACUGCGAAAAUUUCCAGAUCCUCAAAACCAGACUAAAGUGUAGAGAGAGAGAGAGAGAGAGAGAGAGAGAUUAUGAAGCCAACAAUCCAUAUAACUUGAAGUGAAAUUUUCAAAACCAAUGGCGGAGAACCAAGGGUCAUCGUAUUCAAGACCUUCGUCGUCAUCGUCGUCGGGCGGAGGAGGAGCUCCCCUCCUUCGCCCGACGAUCACCCUGCCCCCUCGCAGCUCCAUCGAGAGCCUCUUCUCGGGCGGCGGGCCGGGCGCCAGCCCCGGCCCGAUGACCCUCGUAUCCAACUUCUUCGCCGAUAACGACCCGGACUCCGACUGCCGCUCCUUCUCCCAGCUCCUCGCCGGCGCCAUCUCCUCCCCAGCCGACGCCGGAGGCGGCCGUAAACCUAGCUUCCCUCCUCCUCCGUCGACGGCCCCGGCGGAGGGUAAUAAGGAUUCUGAUGCGGAUUUCCGGUUCAAGGUGAACCGGCCGGGACAACUGGCGGUUUCUCAGCCGGCGAUGUUUACUGUCCCGCUCGGGUUGAGCCCGGCGAGCUUGCUUGAUUCACCGGGGUGGUUCUCGUCCGCUCAGGGUCCCUUUGGAGUAUCCCACCAGCAGGUCCUGGCGCAACUCACAGCUCAAGCUGCACAAGCUCAAUCCCAGAUGCACAACCACACAGAAUUUUGUUCUUCUUCGUCAGCAGCUCCAGCUGCAUCAUUGCCACAAAAUUCAUCCUUCACUUCUGCUGCGACAACACUCCAGCAUAUGCCUCCCUCUAUGCCUGACCAUAGCAUCACAAAGGAAUCAUCUGACCUCUCUUAUUCUGAUCAUAGAUCCCAACCUUCUUCCUUCACUGUUGAUAAACCUGCCGAUGAUGGUUUCAACUGGCGGAAAUACGGACAGAAGCAGGUCAAAGGCAGCGAGUAUCCUCGAAGUUAUUACAAAUGUACGCAUCCAAAAUGUCCAGUCAAGAAGAAGGUUGAGCGUUCUCUUGAUGGCCAAAUAACUGAGAUUAUAUACAAGGGACAGCACAACCAUCAGCCACCUCAAAGUAGGAAGGGUGCAAAAGAUACUGGAAAUCUAAUUAGAAAUGCAAAUAACCAGGGAGAUUCCGAAUUGGUCAUGGAAGGCCAGACUGCGAAUAGAUUGAGAGAGGGGGUACCUGCUGUUUCAUUCUCUAUGAAGGAUGAGGAAUCCAGCCAAGCCACACCUGAACAUGUGUCGGGAUCAAGUGACGAUGAGGAAGUGGGUGAUGCUGAAACUAGAGUCGAUGAAAGGGAUGAAGUUGAGCCUGAAGCAAAGAGAAGGAAUACAGAGAUGAGGGAUUCAGAGCCAGCUUUAUCACACCGUGCACUUGCAGAACCAAGAAUCAUUGUUCAGACAACCAGUGAAGUGGACCUUUUGGAUGACGGCUACAGGUGGCGGAAGUAUGGACAGAAAGUUGUUAAAGGGAAUCCUUAUCCAAGCACCUUAUUGCUAUCUGCAGGAGCUAUUACAAGUGCACAAGCCCAGGGUGCAAUGUCCGCAAGCACGUAGAAAGAGCUGCAACCGACCCUAAAGCUGUCAUAACCACAUACGAGGGCAAACAUAGUCACGAUGUUCCGGCAGCUAGAAACAGCAGCCACAACACGGGCAACACUAGUAUGCCACACAAUGCAGUGAGAUCGGACAAUAAUUCUUCAGUAAGAAAAACAAUAUCCGGAAACAACGGAUCGCAGCCUAUAGCAGUCCUACAGUUUAAAGAAGAGUUAACUUAGAGUCUUGGGAAAGAGUCGUGAGAACACGGGGAACAAAAGCUUCGCAUGAAUCCAUGCCGAAGCUCUAAGUUUCUUUUGUUAGCUCUGUGUUUAUGCUUGUGGAUACAGUUAUAGUCUGGAAUUGCAGAAAAACAAAGGGAAGGAUGUAAAAGUGGAAAGAAAGAAAGAAAGAAAGAAAUAGAGAUGAGAAGAUAGGUUACACGAAAACGUUGUCAGCUUAGACUAGCAAAGGUCGAAUUCAACAGAUAUAAAUUUGUUGUAUGGAAAAGAUGUGGUAAUGAUUAUUUGUACUGCUAUUGAGAAUAGGCAUUUGGGGUUUAGCUUUC